GGGAUCGCGCCUCACGUGACCGGAGUGCCCCGGAGGCGCGCCUGUCGAGUGGGAAGAUGUCGCUGAUGGUGGAACAAGCGGUUGCCAAUGGACCUCGGUUUGGGGCCAGGGAGCAGGCACAGGCAGCGAGCAGAAACUACUGCUCGCAGCCCAGGCUGACAUAUAAGACGGUGUCUGGUGUAAAUGGGCCAUUGGUGAUUCUGGAUGAAGUAAAGUUUCCAAGAUUUGCAGAAAUUGUGCAUCUUACUCUUCCUGAUGGCACUGUCAGAAGUGGACAAGUUUUGGAAGUCAGUGGCAAUAAGGCUGUAGUACAGGUUUUUGAGGGAACAUCGGGUAUUGAUGCAAAGAAAACAGCCUGUGAAUUUACCGGUGACAUACUUCGCAUACCUGUGUCUGAAGAUAUGCUUGGCAGAGUAUUCAAUGGAUCAGGUAAACCUAUUGACAGAGGACCUACAGUACUGGCUGAAGAUUAUCUGGAUAUUAUGGGUCAGCCUUUAAAUCCACAGUGUCGUAUAUACCCAGAAGAAAUGAUUCAGACAGGAAUCUCUGCGAUUGAUGGCAUGAACAGCAUUGCUAGAGGACAAAAAAUACCAAUAUUUUCAGCUGCAGGUUUACCCCAUAAUGAGAUUGCUGCCCAGAUCUGCCGUCAAGCCGGCCUAGUUCAAAAAUCCAAGGAUGUCAUGGAUUACAGUUCAGCAAAUUUUGCCAUUGUGUUUGCAGCCAUGGGUGUUAAUAUGGAAACAGCAAGAUUUUUUAAAUCUGACUUUGAAGAAAAUGGAUCAAUGGACAACGUCUGUCUGUUUUUGAAUCUUGCAAAUGACCCAACCAUUGAACGCAUUAUUACUCCUCGCCUUGCACUGACCACUGCAGAGUACCUUGCCUACCAAUGUGAAAAACAUGUGCUGGUUAUCUUAACAGACAUGAGUUCUUAUGCUGAAGCUCUGAGAGAGGUUUCAGCAGCUCGAGAAGAAGUGCCUGGUCGUCGAGGUUUCCCUGGUUAUAUGUAUACAGAUCUGGCCACCAUUUAUGAACGAGCUGGACGUGUUGAGGGUAGAAAUGGGUCCAUCACACAGAUUCCCAUCCUCACUAUGCCAAAUGAUGAUAUUACUCAUCCGAUUCCUGAUUUAACUGGAUACAUCACAGAAGGGCAAGUCUAUGUUGACCGGCAGUUACACAAUAGACAGAUAUAUCCUCCUAUUAACGUAUUACCAUCACUAUCCCGAUUAAUGAAGUCUGCCAUAGGAGAAGGUAUGACACGCAAAGAUCAUCCAGAUGUGUCUAAUCAGCUGUAUGCUUGCUAUGCUAUUGGCAAAGAUGUCCAGGCAAUGAAAGCUGUGGUUGGUGAAGAAGCUCUCACCCCUGACGACUUGUUAUAUUUAGAAUUUUUGCAGAAAUUUGAGAAGAACUUCAUUGCACAAGGUGCUUAUGAGAACAGGACAGUGUUUGAAACAUUGGAUAUUGGGUGGCAGUUGCUCCGAAUUUUCCCCAAGGAAAUGUUGAAACGUAUUCCUCAGAACAUAGUGGCAGAGUUUUAUCCAAGAGAUUCUGCCAGGCAUCAGUAAAUCUCUAAAUGCAAGAGUAAAAUUUUAUUUUCAAUUUUAAAGAACAUAUUAAGUAUUGGAGCAUUCUACAUCUCACACAAUCCAGUUGUUUACAUAUAUUUACUUGUUUGUAUUGUAAAGAUUUAAUAGAUAAAUGAACAAAUUAUUAUUUUGGAGUCCAAAAAUUACAGGUAUUUAAAAGAAGAAUGUUUAUGUUAGCAUGCUGGUACUUGUAGAAAUUUGUCUGCACACAUUGGAGAUCAAACAAUCAUUGGAAAAUAUAAAUGAUUUUAACACUGAAAGAAAAAACUAAAGUAGAUAUUAAAAGGCAAUUUGCGUAGUCAGUCAAGCCUAACAUAUGUAGACAUUUGCUACAUUUGAAAUGUGGGAAAAUUUGGAUACAUUCUGCUGUCAAGAAAAUGUAAGUCAAAAUUAACAACUGUGUUUAACGUAUAUUUGCAUACCUAAUCACUUUAUUCAAUUCUUUAUGGAAAGUGUUCUGUGACAUGUAAAACAAUGUUUCAUAAUGUUUCUUUGUAAAUUAAAUUUAAAUUAAUGGGACAAAUUGAUCUGUUUUAACUAAAUGGUGCAAUUGAUUUUUAUGUGCUGGUCUUCAAGUUACUCUUUUUUGAAACAUAAUGUUGAAAAUAGUACAUGGAAAGUCAUUUGAAUCUGUGAUUACUGAUCUUAGCAAAAAUGAUAUAGGAAUGCAUUCCAAAUGAUUGUAAUAAAAAUUAUAACUGAACAAAAAUAACAGGCUUUAAUUGAUUUUUAAUAUUUCAGUGAAUGAGGAAUGAAUUGACAAUCUUCGUACAUUAUGAAAGAAAAUGCAGUGGAUUCUGGUUAAUUGGGACUCAUCUGGACCAGUACAUUUAGGUCCAAUUAAGUAGCUGCCCCAAUUAGCUGAAGUUUAAAAAAAGCAAGCUACUAUUUAACUGAGUAACAAUUUGUGUAUUUAAAUUUAAAUUGGAACACUACCAAUAUUACUACAGUACUAUGAAACUGUUAGUUCCUAAUAGUUAUUGGUGGAGGAAUUCAUCUAGUGUAUUUAGCCGUGGUAUUUUGAUUGGCUGUAAAAGAACAAGAUCAGCUCAAACACCUAGAGCAAAUUUAUGGACUAACUUCAUACAAUGCUUUUGACAAUUGCAUCGUCCAAAUCUUUAUUUUCAAUGUAACAUUCAAGAUGAUUGUCAAUACCUUAAUUCUUCAUAGUUCCCAAAUCGAAGUUCAUGUUGAUUAUCACUCCCUGCCAUUUAUGGCAUCUCCAAGCAUGAAUGCUUAAACUGCAGUGAACAAGACAAUUCUGAGUUGUCUUAUUGCUUAUUACUCGCAGCUUUCAUUGACAAAAAUCACUGCCUUUUGAACACAAGCACACACAAUUGGUGGUAUUUAAGAACUGAUUGAUCUAAGCAUGGUGUAGUGUCCAAUGGGAACUGAUGCUAGUUAAAAACUGUUCUGCAACGUUCUCCUGUCGCGAUUAGGUGCCAUAGUAUCCCGAUAAAUGAAGGGAAUCAUGGCGAUUUUCUGAUUUAGUAUUUGUUCUUUGAAUUUUCCCAAAUAAGCAGCUGCCCUGAUUAUCCAAUGGCCCAAUUAACCAGAAUCCACUGUAUUUACAUAUCUUUUCAACAAGUUAACUUUUGUUCAUUGAACCUUUAUCAAAAUUGAUAAAUAUUGAUAACUGAUUGUAAAAUUAGAUCGAGGACAAUGUUUGUAUUAAAUGUUAUUCUGUUGCAUAUUUUUGUAAUUUAAAUACACAGUUACAAUAAGAAAAUGUAUUAAUACUUAUAGACAUGAGAAAGUCUGCAGAUGCUGGAAAUCCAAAGCAAAAUACACAAAACGUUGAAGGAACUCAGCAGAUCAGGCAGCAUUUAUGAAAAUGAAUGAACGGUCAGUGCUUAGAGCCAAGACGCUUCAUCAAAACCAAGAAGGAAAAUGGAAGAUGCCAGAAUGACAUUUCAGUCUAUGGCCUCCUCUUGUACCAAGAUGAGGCCACCAUCAGGGUGGGGGAGUAAUAUCUUGUAUUCAGUCUGAGUAGCCUCCAACCUGAUAGCAUAAAUAUUGAUUUCUCCUUCUGGUUUACAAAAAAUCUCUCUUCCCCCUUCCCCCCCCCCCACCCUUUCUUCUGUUCUCAACUCUGGCCUCUCACCUCCUUUCCUGCCUAUUGCAUCCCCCUGGGUUCCCUCCUCUUUCCCUUUCUCCUAUUGUUUUCUCUCUUCUACCAGAUUCUUCCCUUUCACACCCACCUGACUUCACCUAUCACCUUCCAGCUGGGCUCCUUCACCCCACCUUACCUCCCCCCUUCUUUUCCAGUUCUGAAGAGGGGUCUCGGCCAGAACUAUUGACUGAUUAUUCAUUUCCAUAUUUGCUGCUGAGUUCCUCCAGCAUUUUAUGUGUGUUGUAUUAAUACUUAGAAUUCUAAAGAGAAAAUAAGUUUGCUACAAUGCCACUUUUGCAAUGGAUAAAAUGUAAACAAAGGAUAUUGGUGAUUGUAGAUACACUGAUGUUUCAGAGUGUCAUGAUUUUAGUUUUGCAUUCUUCAAGUUAAUUAGUUAUUAAACUCUUCAUGCUGUAGCUAUUACU